ACGAAGGAAGCAAGCGUACGAAGAAAAAAAAGCGGAGGAAGACACAAAAGAAAAAGUUUACCUAAGAGUCUGUAGCAACGUUUAUAAUGGACCCUCGUUUAAAGUUAGUUUCGAUAGGGGACUUUUCACCCUGGAGUGCGUCUCUAUAAACGUGUUGGUGCAGAGAGGAGCGAAUGUUGAUACAGGUCAAGAGGUAGUCCAAGAUGGCUGCAGCAUCUUAUGAUCAGCUGCUGAAGCAAGUGGAGAUACUGAAGAUGGAGAACUCCAACCUUCGACAAGAGCUUGAGGACAACUCAAACCACUUGACCAAACUGGAGACCGAAGCCUCCAAUAUGAAGGAGGUGCUGAAACACCUACAGGGAAGCGUUGAAGAAGAGACUACCGAUUCAUCCGAACAAAUCAAUCUCCUUGAAAGACUGAAGAAAAUUAGCCUGGAUCCUAACAGUUACCCAGGGGUGACGCUAAGACCUAAGCUGCCCUCCAUGCAGGGCUCAGGCUCUGGGCGGUCAGGGGACAGCAGCCCCAGUCCUAGCCAUAUGGGCUCCUUCCCCAGGAGAGGGGUGUCCAAUGGGGGCCGAGACAGUGCUGGCUACCUGGAAGAGCUGGAGAAGGAGAGGUCUUUACUGAUGGCGGAGCUGGAGAAAGAGGAGAAGGAGAAAGACUGGUAUUACGCACAGCUGCAGAACCUCACCAAGAGGAUCGACAGCCUGCCACUGACUGAGAAUCAAUUCUCCCUGCAGACUGAUAUGACCCGUAGGCAGCUGGAGUAUGAGGCGAGGCAAAUCAGAGCCGCCAUGGAGGAACAGCUGGGAACCUGCCAGGAUAUGGAGAAGAGGGCACAGGUGAGGGUGGCUCGCAUUCAGCAGAUUGAGAAGGACAUGCUGAAGCUCCGACAGCACUUACAGUCCCAGUCUGCAGAACCAGAGAGCAAGCACGACCAGGCUGGCCAGAGUGAAGGACCCCAGGCUUCAGGGGACAGUGGUGGGCCAAGUGCUGGGUGUUCUCAGGGUUCAAGCAGUCGCCUGGAUCACGAUUCUGCCAGUGAAAUAAGUUUGGGUGUGGGUAGUUACUCUGUGCCCCGCCGACUGACCAGUCACCUGGGCACCAAGGUGGAGAUGGUAUAUUCCCUUCUUUCAAUGCUGGGGACCCACGAUAAAGAUGACAUGUCUCGCACUCUGCUUGCCAUGUCCAGCUCUCAGGACAGCUGCAUCGCCAUGCGUCAGUCUGGCUGCCUUCCCUUACUCAUCCAGCUCCUCCACGGCAACGACAAGGACUCUGUGCUGUUGGGGAACUCACGGGGAAGCAAGGAGGCCCGGGCGAGAGCCAGUGCCGCCCUUCAUAACAUUAUCCACUCCCAGCCUGAUGAUAAGAGGGGUCGCAGGGAGAUCAGAGUGCUGCACCUCCUGGAGCAGAUCAGGGUCUACUGUGAGACCUGCUGGGAGUGGCAGGAGAGCCAUGAGAGAGGAGUGGACCAGGACAAGAACCCCAUGCCCUCUCCCGUGGAGCAUCAGAUCUGCCCAGCGGUGUGUGUUCUUAUGAAGCUGUCCUUUGAUGAAGAGCACAGGCACGCUAUGAAUGAGCUCGGGGGCUUGCAGGCUAUAGGGGAGCUGCUCCAAGUGGACUGUGAAAUCUAUGGCCUCACCAGCGACCACUACAGCGUCACUCUGAGGAGAUACGCUGGCAUGGCGCUCACCAACCUCACCUUUGGGGAUGUUGCCAAUAAGGCAACACUGUGUUCCAUGAAGGGAUGCAUGAGGGCCAUGGUGGCUCAGCUGAAGUCUGAGAGUGAGGAUCUACAGCAGGUGAUUGCCAGUGUGUUGAGGAACCUGUCCUGGCGUGCAGAUGUGAACAGUAAGAAGACCCUCCGCGAGGUGGGCAGCGUCAGGGCUCUGAUGGAGUGUGCAUUGGAGGUACAGAAGGAGUCUACUCUGAAGAGUGUCCUCAGUGCCCUGUGGAACCUGUCGGCUCACUGCACUGAAAACAAAGCUGAUAUCUGUGCUGUUGAUGGGGCUUUGGCCUUCCUGGUUAGCACUCUGACGUACCGAAGCCAAACCAACACCCUCGCCAUCAUUGAAAGUGGAGGAGGCAUCUUGCGCAACGUGUCUAGUCUCAUUGCUACAAAUGAAGAUCACAGGCAAAUCCUGAGAGAGAACAACUGUCUUCAGACACUCCUGCAGCACCUGAAGUCUCACAGCCUGACUAUUGUGAGCAACGCGUGCGGCACUCUGUGGAACCUCUCUGCCCGCAACGCAAAGGACCAGGAGGCCUUGUGGGACAUGGGUGCUGUGAGCAUGCUGAAGAACCUAAUCCACUCCAAGCACAAGAUGAUCGCCAUGGGCAGCGCUGCAGCACUGAGGAACCUAAUGGCCAACAGGCCCGCCAAAUACAAGGACGCCAACAUCAUGUCGCCUGGAUCCAGCCUGCCCUCUCUUCACGUCAGGAAACAGAAAGCCUUGAUCGAGGAACUGGACUCUCAGCACCUCUCUGAGACAUUUGACAACAUUGACAAUUUAAGCCCCAAGGCGUCCCACAGGGGUAAACCAAGCAGGCACAAGCAGAAUGUCUACAGUGAUUACGAUGGUGUUUCUAGAUCGGACGGGUUUAGCCCCAACAGUGUGCCUGUGCGCCCCCCUUACGUGAACACACCAGUUCUGUCAAGCCCGUCACCCAGAGAGAACCCAAGGGGAAACAUAGACAGUGUUAGGGCUGAGAGGGAUCGAAGCCAGGACAGAGACAGACCGAGGGGUGCACCCGGGGGUUUCCACCCAGAUCAUGACUCUAAGAGAAUGCAGAUGCCUGCCACAACAGCUGCUCAGAUCGCCUUGGUGAUGGAGGAGGUGAAAAGCAUUCACUUGCUGACUGGUCUGGAUGACCGGUCACCAGAGAGCCCUAAUCAAGACCCUCACCGUACCACUGCAGCACAUGGUCAUUCAAAUGUAUACCCCUACACUAAGCCCGAUCACUCGGGCAGACCUUGUCCAAUGCCCAAGUUAGAAUACAGGGCGUCAAACGACAGUCUCAACAGUGUCAACAGCACUGACGGCUAUGGAAAAAGAGGCCAGAUGAAGCCAUCUGUGGACUCUUACUCUGAGGAUGAUGAGGGGAAGUGUUGUGUCUAUAGAAAAUAUCCUGCAGACCUCGCUCACAAGAUCCACAAUGCAAACCACAUGGAAGAUGAUGAUGGAGAAGUUGACACACCCAUCAAUUACAGCCUGAAGUAUUCUGACGAGCAGCUGAACUCUGGUCGGCAAAGUCCAAGCCAAAAUGAAAGGUGGGCGAGGCCUAAGCACAUGGAGGAGGAGAUGAAACGGACAGAUCAGAGGUCUGUGCGAUCUCAAAGCCCAGGCUACCCCAUGUACACGGAGGGCAACAGUGAGGGCGAGGAAAAACUCAAGUACAAGCCCAGGUUCGUGCAAACAGAAAUGCCACAGGGAUUCAGAUCAAGGAACGCCAAUCAACAAGAUCAAAGCAAUGCUGGCCCCACUCAAGGAAUUAACAAAAAGAUGAACAACCAGACUAUGUGCCAGUCUGUGGAUGAUUACAGUGAUGACAAACCAACCAAUUAUAGUGAGCGAUACUCAGAGGAAGAACAAGAUGAGCAGCCGACCAAUUACAGCAUGAAGUACAACGAGGAACAUCACGCAGAACAACCCAUUGAUUACAGUCUGAAAUACUCAGACUCCUCCUCCCAAAAAUCCAUGUUUAGUCAUUCAAAGUCAUCCUCCACUCAGAGCUCAGUGAAAGACAAUCUGAGCCAAGAUGGUUCCACAUCAUCCGUGUCAUCCAUAAAGAAUGCAGGAAGACAAAUGCAGCUACAUCCCUCCUCGGCUCAAAUGAGAUCAGGGCCAACUCGGCCAGGCCAGAAGAACACAAUAUGCAAACCCCCUACCGUCAAUCAAGAGACACUACAGACGUACUGUGUUGAGGACACACCCAUCUGUUUCUCAAGGGGUAGCUCUCUGUCAUCCUUGUCCUCAGAGGAGGACGAAAUGGAGGGCUGCAAGAGGAAUGUAAAUGCUACCAGUAACUACCCAACUCUUCCCAUCUCUGAGAAAGAGUCGACUGGUGGUCACACACAAGAACAACGCAGAACCGAGAGCCAGUUGUCUGUGCAGUAUGUCCGAAUGAAGCCUCCAAGGAAUAGUCAAGUUCAUGGAGAUGGAUCCAGACAUCACAAAGCUGUUGAGUUUUCAUCUGGAGCCAAAUCCCCAUCCAAAAGUGGCACCCAGACCCCCAAAAGCCCCCCAGAACAGUAUGUGCAGGAGACACCCCUCAUGUUCAGCAGAUGCACAUCUGUAAGCUCUCUCGACAGCUUUGAGAGCCAUUCCAUCGCUAGCUCUAUACAGAGUGAAUUGUGUAGCGGUAUGCCCAGUGGAAUCAUUAGUCCAAGCGAUCUGCCCGACAGCCCUGGUCAGACCAUGCCUCCGAGUCGUAGCAAAACACCACCACCACCCCCAGAAAAUCAACAUCCACCCCCAAUGAAACACAAAAAGGUGCCGCCUCCGCCGCCUCCGAGGGCGGAUAUGGCUCCAAGACAUGCUGCUGUACACGCUGCUGUCCAGAAAGUCCAGGUGCUUCCGGAUAAUGACGCCCUCCUACACUUUGCGACAGAGAGUACCCCAGAAGGAUUCUCUUGCGCAUCCAGCCUCAGUGCUUUAAGCUUAGAUGAACCUUACAUUCAGAAAGAUGAGCUCAAGAUCAUGCCUCCUGUUCAUGAAGACGACCAGGGAAUUGAGGCUGAGCAUGAGAAUGAUGACACUACAGAACCCCCAAGCCAAGGGAAGCGUGAGACAGAAAAAGACAUUUUGGAUGAUUCAGAUGAUGACGAUAUAGAAAUACUGGAGGCUUGCAUAAACUCAGCCAUGCCAACAAAGUCAUCAAGAAAACUCAAAAAGCAAUCCCCUUCCAACACUACUUCUAGAAUACCACCACCUACUGCCCGUAAACCAAGCCAACUUCCUGUUUACAAAUUACACCCUUCACAAACCAGAGGACAACAGAAGACCGUGAACUUUGCCCAUGGAGAGGACAUGCCUAGGAUUUACUGUGUAGAGGGAACCCCUAUCAAUUUCUCAACAGCCACAUCUCUCAGCGACCUAACCAUUGAUUCACCCCCUAAUGAGCUGGCCAAUGCUGAAAGCCGUGCUCCUCCUCGUGCAGAAAUAUCAUCCAGUCAAAGAAGGGACACUAUUCCAGAAGGUAAAUGUACAGAGGAAAAAGAUGCAGGUGUUACUUCCUCCUCCACACAAGCUGCCGGGACAGAAAAUGAAGGGGAUGAUAUUUUAGCAGAGUGCAUCAGUUCAGCCAUGCCAAAAGGUAAAAUCCACAAAUCCUUUAGAGUACAGAAAAUGUACGAUCAACCACUGCACCCGUCAGCUUCUCCUGUUAGCCUAGUCCAGCAGGAGGUUGAAAAGAAGCCCACUUCCCCUGUUAAACCAAUGCCACAGAGUAGUGAGUACAGAGCUAGGAUGAUUAAGAAACCCCAGCCUCCGUUCAACUUUUCUUCAUACCCUGAUAAAAACAAAGAAACCAAAAUGCAACAGACAAAAAUGGCAUCCAGAGAUUUCACAGAUAAGCCACAAAAUGCGGAGAGGCCACGUCCAGGGUUUGCUUUUGACUCGCCACAGCAUUACACACCAAUAGAGGGUACACCCUAUUGCUUCUCACGCAAUGAUUCACUGAGUUCAUUGGACUUUGAGGAUGAGGAACCUAACCUCGCCAAGGAAAAGGCAGAACUCAGAGAAGACAAAGACCAGAGAAAAGCUUCAACAAAAAACUGUGGAAAGCCAUCCUUAAGGGCAAACAGGGCAAAUCUACCACAGACUGCUCCAACAAAACCUCAGCAACAGAAGCAGGCAGUAUUUCCACAAGCAUCCAAAGAAAACAUGGGGCCAGUGCCAGAUGAGAAGCAGAAGUUUUCCAUUGAAGACACACCGAUGUGUUUCUCUAGAAACUCAUCUCUCAGCUCUUUAAGUGACAUUGACCAAGAGAACAACAACAAAGACCUCCAGCCAAAAGAAAAAGAAGAAGAAGAAGAAGAGGAGGAUGUAACUCAGGUGGAAGCUCCUACAAGACCCCAAGCUUCUGGUUACGCACCAAAAGCCUUUCAUGUUGAAGAUACCCCUGUGUGUUUUUCAAGAAACAGUUCACUCAGCUCACUAAGCAUUGACUCAGAAGAUGACCUUCUACAAGAGUGCAUCAGUUCAGCCAUGCCAAAAAAGAAAAAACAGACAGCGAGAAAUAAAGAGGGGAAUGACCAAGGAGAUGCCAUUGAGGAGAGAAGUAUGGAUGGCAUUUUAGCUGAGGAGCCAGAACUCAUAUUAGAUCUCACUGAUACAUAUAGUCCAGUUUCUGAACAAGCCUUAUCGCCAGACUCUGAGUCCUUUGAUUGGAAGGCCAUCCAAGAGGGUGCCAAUUCCAUCGUCAGCAGUUUGCACCAGGCAGCUGCUAGCCUCUCUAGACAAGGCUCAUCUGACUCUGACUCAAUCCUCUCCCUCAAAUCUGGAAUAUCCCUUGGGUCUCCCUUUCAUUUACCCUUAAAUUCAGAGGAUAAUAAAUCUGCAUCUGACAAAGGACGCCCACGGAUAUUAAAACCUGGUGAAAAGAGCACUUUAGAAGCAAAAAAGAAAGAAAAGGAAGAGGAGGCAGCAAAAGCUCUUAAAGGGGGCAAGAAAGUCUACAAAAGUCUCAUAACAGGAAAACCACGUGCAAUCACUGAGACCCCAGCCUCAUUACAGCAGAGGCAGACGGCCCCUACUGUUCCAAUCUCUCGUGGUAGGACAAUGAUCCAUGUCCCUGGUGUUAGAAGCAGUUCUCCAAGCACUAGCCCAGUCCAAAAGAAGCCUCCAGCCCGCGGUCCAGCCUCAGUCUCAAAAAUUCCCCCUACCCAAGGGCAGAGCUCCAGUAAUUCAAACAGAAGCAUUAAACCACCUGCUAAAUCUGACCCUAGCCCCGCCAGGGAUCAGCCUGGAUCUCAAUCGGGAUCAAGUAAAGCUUCAUCACGAUCUGGAUCCAGAGACUCCACACCAUCCAGGCCAGCUCAGCAGUCCUUGACCACCAGACCCAUGCAGUCACCUGGUCGCUCCUCUGUGUCACCUGGAAGAAAUGGUCUGGGCUCCUCAAACAAAUUAUCCCAACUGCCUCGCACUGCUUCUCCAAGCACAUCGUCAACCAAGUCUUCUGGUUCUGGCAGGAUGUCCUACACCUCCCCUGGAAGACAGAUGGGUCAGCAAACGCCACCCAAGCAGACUGGCUUGACUAGAAGCACUAGCGGAAUCCCUAGGAGUGAAUCUGCCUCAAAGAGCCUGAAUCAGUGUGGAGUUACUGGCACAUCUAAGAAGCAAGAAUUGUCCAGGAUGACAUCCACAAAGUCAAGUGGAAGUGAGUCAGACCGGUCGGAGAAACCUGCCCUAGUUCGCCAGUCAACGUUCAUCAAAGAGGCCCCUAGUCCAACACUGAAGAGGAAAUUGGAAGAGUCUGCCUCGUUCGAGUCUCUGUCCCCCUCCUCUACCAGCCAGUCUCAAACGCCUGUGUCAAGCCCGUCUUUGCCAGAUAUGUCGUUGACUCUGCCCUAUCAAGGAAGUCAGGGAAGCAACUGGAAAAAGUCCCCUCAGAGUCAAAACUCUUCAGAAAAUGAGGAUGGGCAACCUCAGAGGGGAGGGAAACACGACAUCUCCAGAUCCCAUUCAGAAAGCCCCUCCAGACUCCCUAAUCUUAACAGGACAGGGACAUGGAAGAGGGAGAAAAGCAAACACUCCUCCUCUCUUCCAAGGGUUGGCACCUGGAAGAGAACUGGCAGCUCCUCUUCCAUCCUCUCUGCCUCCUCUGAGUCAAGUGAAAAGGGCAAAAGUGAGGAUGAACGACAGCCACUGAGUCCAGCCCAAAGGUCCCCACACGGUAAAGAUGGAAACCCUUUAAAAGGAACAUGGAGGAAGAUGAAGGACAGUGAAAUCUCUCAGUCAGAAGGCCACGAUUCUUCCUCCAUAGACUCUAACACCAUGGCCAUGGGGCACCAAAUGAGCCCUGCAGUGUCCAAGACUGAGGAUGUGUGGGUGAGGAUUGAGGACUGUCCCAUUAACAGUCCGAGGUCUGUAAAAUCUCCAACAGCAAACACACCUCCAGUAAUCGACAGUGUUCUAGUCAAAAUGCCCUCUGUUGAUCUCUUGUCAAGUGAAACCCAUCCCAAACAGUCCAAAAAUGAAAGUGUAAAUGCUCGUAGGCUAGGUCCAGAGACUAAUUUAAACUUGUUUAGGAGCAGUGAGAGUCUUGAUAAGAAAGGGCCAGACCUCAAGCCUGCUCAGAGCAUCAUCCCAGAGGCCCAUGAACUGCCUGUUGCUGAACGCACCCCUUUUAGCUCCUCCAACUCUAGCAAACACAGCUCACCUAGUGGUGCUGUGGCUGCCAGGGUUAGCCCUUUCAAUUACACUCCUAGCCCCAGGAAGAGCAGUGCUGACAGUGCCACACCACCACGACCCUCACAGAUACCCACGCCUGUCGGCGUCACCAACAGUGCAAAAAAGAGAGAAUCUAAAGGAGAAAGUGCUGGAGAAAGUGGGUCCUACAUUGUAACCUCAGUUUAAGUCCCUUGAGGCUAGACUACACAGACACACAACCAAGAUCUAGGGGAAAUGUCUUGAGCAUACCUAGUGACCUCUGUUGUAAAGAAUUAUUCAAACACUAAGCAAAGAUCAUGGAUUCAUCAACUUUUGGUGUAAAAAACUAACAUGUAAAUAAUAGUGAGAUACUAGAGGGUUAUUGUAGUUGAUGCCUAGCCUAAUUGCUGGGCUCGUGUUUCUUUGCUGGUAGAAAUGUGGCUGGGACACUUGGUUAUCAGAGAACGAGAGAGAGGGAGACCUCUGAAGGAUAAUGUAUGUGAAUUUGUACUGUACAGAUUUUAAUUAUGUAUGUAUUUAAUUUAAACCCCUGUAAAGAUCCUGAAUCUUGUCUGACUUGACAAAGAUAAUCACUUAAAGUUGCCUAUUUGGGUUGUUAAAUCCCUUAAAGAUGGACUUUAAUGCUACUCCAUUUAUUUUUUAUUAAACCUAAGUUUCAGUCAAAGAACAUUAAUUCUCAUUUUUACUACUGCAAAUGUAUUAUAAACUUCCCUUCCUUGCAUGACCUGAUGGUUUGGUUCCUGAAGUAAAGAUUAACAUGUAUGUGGUCACAUGUGUUGGUAGCUGUAGUGUAACAUUUUACACUAUUUUUGUGUGCUCUGAACGUAAAGGAAUUAACUGCAAGUUACCCUUGACAACUUUUCGAAUGAGAAAAUAUUUACAUUGGAAAAUAGAUGAUAUAAGAGAGUAGAUAAGAUUCAUUGCUCUGCUGUUUAAUUGUUAUCAGGUGAGUUGGAUGCUUUUUAACUAAGAGACUAUCUCAGAAGGACUGAAUGAACACUUUGAACAAAAUCAAUUAUUACUGUAGGUUUUUGGUGUUGGUAUAUCAUUUUUUUAAAGCUCAUUUUACUUCCACUGUAAUGCUAAAGCACAUACAAUUACACUGUGUGAAUGACUGUUCGUGUUUUAUUUUCUCAUGCAAUAAAGUAGUGGUUGGAUAUUCAAAGGAAAAAAGUAAAUUUACAAAUUGUAAAUCAAAAUAAUAAACGUUAACAUUUUUGGU